AUGGAGGGUACAGCUGCAGGUCUCCCACUCCAGGCUGCAGCGGGUCGCAUCUGUCACGGCUCCGGGGGCGCCCGGCGGCAGCGGCGGCAGCAGCAUCACCCGCCCGGGCCGAGGGAGCGCCCAGAGAGCAGCCCUGCUUUAUGGAGGCCCUGGAUGCUCACAGCAAGAGACGGUGAGAUGACAGAGAAUCACCAAAUGUCAGAACUGGAUGGUCAACUAAUAAAUUUUAGAUCAAAAGGAGCCCUGGGCUUUCAACAUCCAGUGAGACUUUAUUUGCCCAAGUCCAAAUCCCAAAAAUUUCUUAACAACAUCGGAGAGAAGGUUCUGGCGAGUUUUCCAGUACAAGCUACAAUUCACUUCUACAAUGAUGACACCGACUCUGAGGAAGAUGAAGAAGAAAUCAGUUCAGCCUAA